AUGAAGGAUGAUUAUUCUGAACUAACAACCUUGGGUACUUCGAGUUCCUCUGCAUAUCGUAGAUUAGUUUUCUUGUAAAAGAGUGAUGUUUCAGAAUUGUUUACUGAUUUAACCAAUGAACGAAAUGCUUAGUAGAAAAAUAAGAAAUAACUGUUUUAGAAGAGAUUCCAAUGUGUGUAAGAAUAGAAUGAGAGUUUUGAGGCAUAAGACUAAUUGUUAAAAAUGGAAAUUAAUGAUUGGUAAGGUUUCUUAGAAAAGGAACACAAUGCCAUUUAAUAAAUCAAUAAUGAAGAUAUAACCAAAAAAGAAAUCAAAUCCCCUUUAACAUUAAAGAUGAAGACUAACCCAAGUAUGGUAAGUCCCACAAAUGAUAGAACUAAUUACUUUUAUAAGAUGAAACUAGGCAAGUAUUUUUUCAUUAAUCAUCUUAAGCAAGCAACUAUCAGUUAUCAAUACUCAAGAUUUUUUGAAGACUGUUCGUUAUUCCUAGAAAUUUGAAGAUUAUUCUAAAUUAUAUAAAUAGCAACCACAUAAUCUAUACUUAAGUUUAAACUUCUCAUAACCUGAAAGAGUCCCUAAAACUUUUGGUUUGAUUCAAAAUACUCGAUCUUUAGUAACUGCUAAUGCUAGCAGAUCAAUAAAAAAUAGUGAAGAUGGUAAUGCAUUUUCAAAUGCAAUGCUUACUUAAUAAAGUAGAUAAAUUCAAGCCAUGUAAUUAAAUCAUAAUUAAUUUACUCCGAAAUAAUUAAGAGAUAUACUACUUACAUUUCCAAUUACAUUGAAAGAUUUAGAAUUAUAAAAUUGUAAAUUAAAUUAUAUGCAUAUGGAAAUUUUGAUGUCAUUCGUAGGAAAAAAUCAAAUAUAUAAAUUAAAUCUUGAAUGUAAUAAUAUUCGUGAUUUGGGAACACAAAUAAUAAUGAAACAUCUUCUCAAUAAUAAUACAUUAUAAUCACUUAAUCUUAAUAAUAAUUAAAUCACAGAAUGUUCAAGUACAUCAAUUUCGAAUCUUUUAAAAUAGACUCAACGUCUUUUAGAAUUUUAUCUUGGUUACAAUUACUUUAAUGCAAGUGCUGGUACUACAAUUUGGAAAGCUAUGUACAAAAAUACUAGUGUUAAAAUAUUAGAUUUGUCUCAUAAUAAUAUUGCAUCUGUUGAAUGUGCUUAAUCAAUUAAUAAAGCUGUAUCAAGACCUUAUAAUGAAUUAUUACAUGUAGAUCUUUCUUUUAAUAAAUUUACAUAUCCAUAAGCUUAAAUCAUUGCAGAGGCACUAUAAAAAAAUGAAACUAUUUAUGGUUUUCAUUUUGAAGGUAAUUAAGCUGAAUUAUGUGUUAAUGCUAAUGGAUUUUUAAUUAAUAAUAUUGUAUAUCAUUCAUAAUUAAAAGAUAAAUUAAUUUAACUAUAUAAAUAACCAUAAUAUUUCAAAUUAUUAGAGGAAGCUAAAGUUGAAUAAACUCAUAUAAGAAGAGAAGAAUCACUUGUAAUGCCUUUUAGUAGAUCAAGGAAAAUUAGAUCAACUAAAUUGAAUGUUUAGAAAGUAAAUGAAAUAAAUAAAUUGGAUACAUGUUGGAUAUGUGAAGGAUGGUAAGAAAUUAAAUUUGAAUGGAUAGCCCAUAAAUCUGGAAGUUUAUAUAAUGAACCUAUCUUUAUUCAUUUUGAUUUUGAAGAUUAUCGACCUUUAUUAAUGACAUUUCUUAAUAAUGAAUUCUUUUUUAUUAAAAUGUGUCCUCCAAAUAAAGAAAUACAUUACUUCUUUACUAAUCCAAUACUUGGAGUUCAAUAACCAGCUAUGGAUUAAAAUAUUAAGAAUAUGUAAAUAUAAUCUAUUCCUUUUUUGUACAAUGAUGAAAUAUUGGUUGAUGGGAAUGUAAUGGAUUAAGUUAAUGUUUUAAAAACAACCAAUAAAUAACAAUUAUUUGAUAAAUAUAUGCCAAUGGUAUAAUGUAAACCUAGAGAACCAAUGGCUAAAUUUGAUUUUUCUCCUUAUUUGAAUAUAAAAAAACAUAGAUGGUCAGUAGAGAGUUCAAUAUUUAAACAUUUUUAACCAGAUACACCAUAAUUAAUUGAUGAAUGCUUUGAAUUUGAUUUUUAGAAUUCAAAAGUUACUCGUUUAGUAAAAGAUACAGAAUUAUUGGAAAUUAAAGAGAAUUUAAAGAUUUUAUAUCGUCAAUUAUUCCAUAUAUAUAAAUAUCAUGCAUCUGGUUCAUUAGCAAGCCCAAUACCAUGCAUAAUGAUUUAAGACUAUAUUGACUUUUUAGUAUAGACUUCAUUGAUGGAUGGAUAUAAGACAAAUGAUAUUGAUAUUAGUUUUACAUCAACAACUGCAGCAAAGGAUGUUCAAUUUCCAUAAGCAUUUGAUAAAGGAUUAGUACGUUGUUAAUUAUUGGAAAUAAUGAUAAGAAUGUGUAAUGAUAAAUAUCUCAGAUAAGGAAUAUGUACUACUAUGACUGAGGCUAUAACUUUAGUCACAAAAUAAGCUUAAGAUUACUUUGCUAAAUUUGAUUAGGCUUAGAUGUGGAGAAAGAGUAGAUUAUGGAAUUAAAAAUGCGAUAUCAUACUCAAUGAUAGAUUGGCUAUGUUGAAAUCUCUUUUUAAAUAUAUAUGUAAAUUAAGUAAGAAAGAUAAAUAAGUAUGCAAAUAUGAUUAUAUUUCUGUCUAAGAUUUUAAAGAUUGGAUUGUAUAAUCAAAAUUAAUUUGUGAUGAUUUAAGUGAAAGAGAAUGCUAUUUAAUAUAUUUACAAUCUAUGAUAACUUAAAAAGAUGAACUCUAUUCUAGUAAACAUUAUUAGAUGAAUUUUCAUGAAUUUAUAGAAAGUAUAGGCAGACUUGCUGAAAAAUUAUCUAUUAUAAGAGGAGAUAAACCUAUGGAUAUAGAUGAUAGAAGAGCUAAAGAUCUAACAUCAAAAUUAGAUGGAUUUUUAUUAUAUGUUUACUUGGUUAUAGGAAAUGAUAUGAAAUAAGCAUUGCCACCAAAUGAUCCAGAUAUAAGAGGAGUAGAUAAGUGUAUGAUUAAUGAUUUUAAGUCUUUGAAAUAAAAAUUAGAAGAUUCAUUUACUGAUGGAGAUGAACCACCUUAUGAUCCAAGAGUUGAAUUACCACAUCUAUCCAGUUAAAUAACAAAUCUCUUAGGAAAUACUAUUGGUGGAAAAAAACAAACCUUAAGAUAAUAACUAAAAUAAGUUAAAAGGGAAGAAUAGAAGUUCUCUCCAAUUAAUUUUGUUUAGUACUUUAAAAGUAUUUAAUAAGUUCAUGUGGAUCAUGAUGAUUGA